AUGGUAGUUAACUUAAAUAAAUUAUAUUGGUCUCGAAAUAAGCAUAGAGCAAUUUUGUUAUUCUUAUUUUUCUUUAAAUUCUUCGGUCUUGCCACAUUUUCUUUAAAUAAUCGAAGAAAUUCGAAGAUAUGGUCUUCAAAAAAAGUUGUAAUUUUUGUUGGCUCUAAACUAGGAAUAUUGUACAACUUGUUUGGCAGCUUUUUAGUAAUUGCAUCAAAUUUCUUCUUGAUACAACUUAUACUUUAUGCAGAAUAUACUUAUAGAACAAAUGUAACAAUAAUAAUAGAAACUUUCCAAGGAUUACUAGGCACUUCAAUGAUAAUCUCGACUUUAUUGUCUUAUUGUAUAUUUCAAUCAGUUAUCACAAAGAUUGGAAAUUAUUUGAUUCGUAUUGAGAUCAUAUUACAUCGUCUAAAACAACCACUGAAUCAAAAAUAUAUUUUCAAUGUUCUAUUCUUCAUUUGUUUAUUUAAAUUAGUUUUAUUUGUCGUUCUUUUAAUUACUGAAAUCAUAUAUUUCAAACCUGAACCAAUUACAUUAUUAGGAAAUCUUAUACCUACGACUUUUGCAGGCUUGCUUUUCAUUCAAUAUUUUUUCGUGAUUACUUUAAUAAAUGAAAUUUUUGUAAAAUUAAACUGCAUUAUGCAAAAUUUUUAUCAAAAUAAAACGAAUGAUUUCAAUUCUAACAUAUUGUAUCAGAAUCGACGUAUAUUCAUGAAUUGUUCAAGGAUUCAUCUUCUUCUUCAAAUUCGAAAUAUACACGAUCAUCUUUACAACAUUUGUAGAGAAAUUUCACAAUUUUAUGCUUUUCCUACUUUUAUUGGACUCUGUUUUAUCUUUUUCACAUUAUUAUAUAUCACUUAUUUCAUCUUAGUACUUUUUAUUAAGAAUACAAAUGUGGAUUUUUUACUCAUUAUAAAUACUAUACUUUGGAUAAUAUUGUUGUUAUUUCCUUUCGGUUUAUUAAUAUCGAAAAUAACUAAAAUGAUAAACGAGGUAAAUAUAUCUGAAUUUUUUUCCUUUUCCGAAUAUUAAUUAUUUUGCGAAACUUAAUAUACUUUUUACACAGAUUGGAAAAACUGGAUGCAUUGUACACAUAUUAUUAAAUUGCGUGAGCGAUCGAAAAGUAAAAAAAGAGGUAUUUGUAAAAUCAAUCAUUUAAAUUUUUUCGUUGUCUUAUAUUAAAACGUGUUCCAGCUCAAACAAUUUUCAUUUCAAUUGUUACAUCAGAAAAUAAUAUUUUCAAUAAAUGGAUACUUUACAUUAGACAAUGAGUUCUUUCAAUCGAUGAUCAGUACAAUAAUUACGUACUUAGUGAUUUUGCUUCAAUUUCAAACGCAGACUUCAAAUGAAAAUUCCUGUAUGCAAUGAGUAUAAUAAGAACAUAUUUACAAAUCAAAUAUUUUUGAAUUGUCAAAACUUACAAUUGAAAACAAAAGAAAAAAGAGAUCUCAAAUUGUUGAUAUAUUUAUUGUUAUUAAUUAUUGUUAUAUAAACAUAUCUGUAUUGUGUUUUUGAAAAGAGAUAGGUUGUUAUUAUAUAUGUUGAAUGGAGUGUUGUAUAUUCAAUCAAUACUCAGCGUUUCUUCCUAGUUUAAACAUAAGCCUCUAUAUUCACUUUACAAUAGUGGCCAAACAAUUAGCCAA